CCAGCGGGAAACAAACGCGCGGCAGACGCUAUGUCGGGGUCUGCAGUGGAGUGAAAAAACACGACAAUGGAACGUGUUUUACCCGCGUUUCAGUUGUGGUGCUUCUCUGGUGUCUGUGACUAUCUUUGUAUUAAAUAAUUUAAUAUUAUACCUAUCCCUUUGACUGCUGAUACCCCACACAUGGGACUUUCCGCCUCCCAGAAUAAAGACUGCUGGUAUCCUUGUGGGAUACCAGGGCCUGGCAGUAGGCAGUGUUAAUAAGUCAAAAAUAUCUUACUUGCAUUUAUUGAGUGUUGCCAUAUAUUAGACCAUAUUUUUUCUAGUCUCAAAUUCUCAAUUGGCCUUUAAAUGGCCAGUAAGUUUGUAACCAUCAUGCUGAAGUGUGAAGUACAACAACUUCCCUCCAAGCGAGUCAUGAAAGAAAUUCUAAAUUAUAUAAACUUUGGGACACGAUUGAAGGAGGUGAUAUGGGUCGUAACUGACAAGCGAAGCAUUGCAUAAGAAAGGGUUAUCACCAGGACAAAGAGUAUACAAAAACACAUUUAGAAAAACAAGGUAUCGUCGCUGGCAAGAAGAGCCGGUGUUUUCAAUAUAUUUACUGCCUAUUACACCAUUAUUAACACUAUAAUGAAAAGAAACACUUCAGAAUCAAACAUGUUAAUUGUAAGGAAUUACAUUACACACUUGUCAUUUGUGUGACAUUGUUAUUAACCAUGUUUGAAUUCAAGUGCAACCUCAAGUACUCUACGAGUCGUUACUACGCAACACGUGAAGUGUUGGUCACGCGACCAAGGGGAUUGAGGGUGAGAGGGUCUCAGAUCAAUACGCACCUCGGUCAUGUUACUAUUCCACCUUUCCAGCUCAGUAGCCAGCAGUAUGUCUGCAAGUAUUGUCUUCAAUCAAUGAUGUACAGUGCCCUUACUACUUGCUGCAGCUGGUGACCAUGAAGUGGAUGUGGUUGAAGCCAUUUUUGGACAGCCCCCUCAAAAAUUCACCAGACAAUCGGAUUUCACCAAAGAAUAGCAUGGACUACAUAAAGGAGUUCUACUGCAAGAAAUGUUCAAGGUUUGAGGUGGACCCAAAAUAUACCAUCGAGGAUCGGUGUUAUUGCGGACUUAGAAAAAAUGAACACGAGGACAUUCGAGAUUUCAUCAUACCUGUGGACAAAGGGUUUGCUAGUGUGGACAUUGGCCCAUCACCAUCAACAAGCAAUGAUUCUUCAUCGAUGAGAAGUAAUUUGACUUGGGACCCUGAAAUAAUUUUGAAGACGUGCCGUACUGAUGCUUAUGGGAUUGUGCAUCUCAAAAAUAACACAAUUGGAUCAUACAGACCUUCAGAUUAUGUGAGACUUGAAGACAACACACCAAUGGAUAAGGUUUUAAGGCUGUUCUCCUCUCAUUGGAGUCUAAUGAUACCUCAACCUCCUAAACUUGCCAUCUCCAUCAUAGGACAAUGCAAGAAUUUUGGAGCGUAUGGAACAAAGAAGGAGAAUUUUGUGUCUGGUCUCAUCAAUGUGAGUCAUUACACUGGUUACCCAGUUUCUGUCUUUUCCAUAAUUUAUAUAUACUGUAAUUCCUUGUAUAAUUGUGGGAAAAAAGUCCCGCCAGUCUUCCGUCCCAUCAAUGAACCCUGAGACUCGUGAACCUCUGAAUCCGAGACCCCACAUGUUGUUGGGCCCAUAGAUGACUUACUGGGUUUUGUGAUGUCUCGAAUUCACAGGUUUAUGAGUCUCGGGGUUUAUGGAUGAGACAGAGGACUGACAGGACCUUUUCGUGACUGUAUCUUUAGAAUUAAAUAGUCCAAAUAAGAAAAAGAGGAUACAAGAGUAUAAAGAUUACAUGGGUUUGCACUGGAUAUACAUGUACUAUCGUGCACAAAAGUCGUGCCCACUACCCAGCCACAGUGAGGGUUCGAAUUGCCUUGAGUCUGAAGUUUCGAAAUAGCUGG